AGGCCUUGCCUUAAUGAGGGCGUGUCAAGAGUUUGGUUCCGCUCUUUAUUAGCAAAUUCUUCGCCGAUACAAGAUCACAUAGAACGUGGGAGCGCAACACCGAGGCAUAGAUUUGUUAAGCUCCACCUGGGAUAUCCAACAACUUACUUGACUGAGAGUGGACGCAAUCACAUUUAAUUUGAGUCGUCAGAGGCAGAAAGGCAUCACAAUGAUCAUCAAAGCAUUCAUCUUGCUAUUUCUGCUUCUUGGAGCGGACACUCAUCCAAAUUGGAGCCGUCAUCAACACGGCGCAAGCCGAGCGCUCCUCCAGGCGACUACUGAUGAAAAUCAAUCCCCUGCAAGCCAGCCCACAGGCAGCUCGGUAACAAAUACCGCUGCCACUGCCAACAGCGGUGCAACAAACAGUGCAGGGACCGGCAGCGCAGCGACUGUCUCCACUGCAACCAACAGCGCAGCAACCGUCUCCACGGCAACCAACAGUGCGGCAACAAUUUCCGCAGCAACCAACACCGUAGGGACCAAUAGCGCAGCAACCGUCUCCACGGCAGCCAACAGUGCAGGGACCAACAGCGCAGCAACCGCCUCUGCGGCAACCAGCAGCGCAGCAACCGUCUCUGUGGCAACAAACAGUGCAGCAACCGUCUCCUCCGCAACAAACAGCGUAGCAACCAGCAGCGGGGCAACCAGCAGCGGGGCAACAAACAGCGUAGCAACCAACAGCCCAGGGCCCAGCAGCGUGGCAACCGUCUCCGCGGCUACCAACAGUGCAGGGACCAGCAGCGCAGCGACUGUCUCCACUGCAACCAAUAGCGCAGCAACCGUCUCCACGGCAACCAACAGUGCGGCAACCAUUUCCGCAGCAACCAACAGCGUAGGGACCAAUAGCGCAGCAACCGUCUCCACGGCAGCCAACAGUGCAGGGACCAACAGCGCAGCAACCGCCUCUGCGGCAACCAGCAGCGCAGCAACCGUCUCUGUGGCAACAAACAGUGCAGCAACCGUCUCCUCCGCAACAAACAGCGUAGCAACCAGCAGCGGGGCAACCAGCAGCGGGGCAACAAACAGCGUAGCAACCAACAGCCCAGGGCCCAGCAGCGUGGCAACCGUCUCCGCGGCUACCAACAGUGCAGGGACCAGCAGCGCAGCGACUGUCUCCACUGCAACCAAUAGCGCAGCAACCGUCUCCACGGCAACCAACAGUGCGGCAACCAUUUCCGCAGCAACCAACAGCGUAGGGACCAAUAGCGCAGCAACCGUCUCCACGGCAGCCAACAGUGCAGGGACCAACAGCGCAGCAACCGCCUCUGCGGCAACCAGCAGCGCAGCAACCGUCUCUGUGGCAACAAACAGUGCAGCAACCGUCUCCUCCGCAACAAACAGCGUAGCAACCAGCAGCGGGGCAACAAACAGCGCAGCAAGCAACAGCCCAGGGCCCAACAGCGUGGCAACCGUCUCCGCGGCUACCAACAGUGCAGGGACCAGCAGCGCAGCGACUGUCUCCACUGCAACCAAUAGCGCAGCAACCGCCUCCACGGCAACCAACAGUGCGGCAACCAUUUCCGCAGCAACCAACAGCGUAGGGACCAAUAGCGCAGCAACCGUCUCCACGGCAGCCAACAGUGCAGGGACCAACAGCGCAGCAACCGCCUCUGCGGCAACCAGCAGCGCAGCAACCGUCUCUGUGGCAACAAACAGUGCAGCAACCGUCUCCUCCGCAACAAACAGCGUAGCAACCAGCAGCGGGGCAACAAACAGCGCAGCAAGCAACAGCCCAGGGCCCAACAGCGUGGCAACCGUCUCCGCGGCUACCAACAGUGCAGGGACCAGCAGCGCAGCGACUGUCUCCAGUGCAACCAAUAGCGCAGCAACCGUCUCCACGGCAACCAACAGUGCGGCAACCAUUUCCGCAGCAACCAACAGCGUAGGGACCAAUAGCGCAGCAACCGUCUCCACGGCAGCCAACAGUGCAGGGACCAACAGCGCAGCAACCGCCUCUGCGGCAACCAGCAGCGCAGCAACCGUCUCUGUGGCAACAAACAGUGUAGCACCGGUCCCCAUGGCGACAAACAGCGUAGCAACCAGCAGCGGGGCAACAAACAGCGUAGUAACCAACAGCGCAGCGACCAACAGCGUAGGGACCAACAGCGCAGCAACCGUCUCUGCGGCAACCAGCAGCGCAGCAACCGUCUCUGUGCCAACAAACAGCGCAUCACCCGUCCCUGCAGCAACCAACAGCCCAGGGAUCAGCAGCGCAGCGACUGUCUCCACUGCAACCAACAGCGCAGCAACUGUCUCCACGGCAACCAACAGCGCAGGGACCAGCAGCGCAGCGACUGUCUCCACUCCAACCAACAGCCCAGCAACCGUCUCAAUGGCAACCAACAGCGUGGCAACCAACAGCGCAGGGACCAACAGCGCAGGAACCGUCUCCGCAGCAACAACUAGCGCAGGGACCAACAGUGCAGCAACCGCCUCUGCGGCAACCAGCAGCGCAGCAACCGUCUCUGUGGCAACAAACAGCGCAGCAACUGUCUCUGCGGCAACCAACAGCGCAGGGACCAGCAGUGCAGCAACUGUCUCCACUGCAACCAACAGCGCAGCAACCGUCUCCACGGCAACCAACAGCGCAGGGACCAGCAGCGCAGCGACUGUCUCCACUGCAACCAACAGCCCAGCAACCAUCUCCAUGGCAACUAACAGCGCUGUAACCAACAGCGCAGCGACCAACAGCGCAGGAACUGUCUCCGCAGCAACUAACAGCGCAGGGACCAACAGCGCAGCAACCGUCUCCACUGCAACCAACAGUGCAGCAACCGUCUCUGCGGCAACCAGCAGCGCAGCAACCGUCUCUGUGGCAACAAACAGCGCAGCAACCGUCUCCAUGGCAACCAACAGCGCCGGGACCAGCAGUGCAGCGACUGUCUCCACUGCAACCAACAGCGCAGCAACCGUCUCCACGGCAACCAACAGCGCAGGGACCAGCAGCGCAGCGACUGUCUCCACUGCAACCAACAGCCCAGCAACCGUCUCCAUGGCAACCAACAGCGCGGCAACGAACAGCGUAGCGACCAACAGCGCACAAACCGUCUCCGCAGCAACGAACAGCGCAGGGACAAACAGUGCAGCAACCGUCUCUGCGGCAACCAGCAGCGCAGCAACCGUCUCUGUGGCAACAAACAGCGCAGCAACUGUCUCCAUGGCAACCAACAGCGCAGGGACCAGCAGCGCAGCGACUGUCUCCACUGCAACCAACAGCGCAGCAACCGUCUCCACGGCAACCAACACUGCAGGGACCAGCAGCGCAGUGACUGUCUCCACUGCAACCAACAGCCCAGCAACCGUUUCCAUGGCAACCAACAGCGCGGCAACCAACAGCGCAGCGACCAACAGCGCAGGAACCGUCUCCCCAGCAACCAACAGCGCAGGGACCAACAGUGCAGCAACCGUCUCUGCAGCAACCAGCAGCGCAGCAACCGUCUCUGUGGCAACAAACAGCGGAGCAACCAUCUCUGCGGCAACCAACAGCGCAGGGACCGUCUCCACGGGAACCAAUGUGACACCCACCGAUAGCACAGCCAGUCCCAACACAGUGCCAACCACUAAUGACCCAGCCACUACCGCAACAACGGAAUCCGUUGCACAAGUGGCAAUCCGAAGAUCAGCAGAGACAGCGGUAGUGGCGUCCACAACUGCUGCAUCGACAGCAGCGUUAUUGGCCAGCUCAGCUGCGGCGGCAACCGCCGCGGCCUCAGGGGGGUCCUUGCUAGCAGAAGCCGCUGCAGAAGAGGCUUCGUCCGCUGCGGACGGGGCGGCCGAUGCGGCGCUGGAGUUUGCGCAAGGCAGUAUCAAUGCGAGCGAGGCCGCAGCCGCGGCGGCCGAUGCUGCCGCUGCGGCUGAAAACGCUGCAGCGACUUCACAGGGGGCUGCACAGGGAGCGAGUGGGAACUUGUCCACGCUGGCACUCCAACUGUCCCAAGCAGCAGAAAAUGCAGCAACCAUCGCCAGGUCUGCCGCAAACACAUCCGCCUUAGCUGCCAACGUGAUGGGCUCGGAACUCACAGCAGAUCAGGCAAGGUCCAUCAUACUAGAAGCCAGAAACGCCAACCAACAGGCCGAGUUGGCAGCGCAAGAUCUCCAAACUUUACUCAAUUCAGAAGACCUACCGCCAGAUGUCGAGGCAAGUGUCCGCCAAGCCAUCAUGGCGGCCGAGAGAUCGGCCGCAGUGGCAGAAGAAACGGCGGCUCAGGCGCAAGUUGCGCUCGACACGGCAGACCGAGCUGCGGCGCCCAGUGGAGGAGACACGGAAGCUGAGUUAGCCGGCCAAUUAGCGCUCCUCCAAAUCCAAACUGCAGCGCAGAGCGCAGGCGCAGCAGCAGAAGCUGCGCAAGUACCGACCGGAGCUGUCCAAGCUUCAAGACAAGCCUCCCUGGCAGCCGCAGCCGCGUCCCUCGCCGCCUCGGCUGCGGCCGUCACCGCGCAAGCCACCGGAACUGAUCUCGAUGGUGUCAUCAACACCGCUUUGGAAAGUGCGGAGGCGGCAAAUCUUGCAGCCCAGUCGGUUGCCAAUGGAGACGCAGAGCCGCAGGAGGCCAGAGAUGCCGCGGCCAGAGCCGCGGACGCGGCAGAGGCGGUGGCCGAAGCGGCGCGAAAUGCCUCGUCGGAGGGAAGAAUCGAAGGGGAAGCGGCCCAGGUGUCCCUGGAUGCGGCGGCGCUGGCCAGGCAGGCGGUGACGGCGGGACCUGAUGAAUUUGAGGACACUGCCACACAGUUUGCAAACACAUCGAGAAAUGCUGCAGAAUUAUUUGGAAGUCAGCUGUCAUCUAUGCUGACUCCUGAAGUAUUUACAGCAGUUCAGGAGGCAGAGCAGGUGGCCUUGUUGGCAGAAGCUACAGGGGUCGUAGCAGGAAGUGCGAGCGACUCUGAAGGCGCAAGAGCCCUCACCAGAGCCGCAAACACAAUGAUACAAAGAGCCAUGGAGAUGGUGAGCAAUCUACCGGAAGGAACGGCGCUGAGCUUGGCACAAGAUUCACUAGGAGUCAGCUUGACGGCCUCAGCCGCAGCGGUAACCGCCACGUGCUCGGCGGCUGCGGCCGCGGUCGGAGCAGAAUCGGCAGCCAGAGCCGCCUUGGACGCCGCAGAGGAUGCAGCGAGCGCCGCCACCUCACUGAGCAACGGUCAAGGCAGCCUGAGCUCCACAGUGGACGCUGGACUGGCAGCGUCCCUGGAAGCCAAUAACGCCGCCCGAGCGGCCAUGGCGGCAUCGCAAAACGGAUCGGCCUUGGACAUGGAGCUGGCCGACCUGGCUGCCGAGGCAGCCCAAAUAGCAUCUAGGGCAACGGAAUCGGCACAAAGCGUGGCCUCGGCCCAAGCGACGAUGCAAACCAUAGCGGACGCCCGCCAAGUGGCCAGACAAGUAGACGACGACUGGAGGAACUUGACGGCGCGGGUGCAGGGCAUGGUGAUGAAUGCUCCGCAGGGAGUCUGCGGGGGCCUGGCCGAGCAGCUGUCCAUCCUGACCGUGGCGUCAACGGCGUUGUUGUGCACCAGCUCAACCAGCCAGGUGGCAGACUUGGCCGUGAUGACGACAUCGGCGGAGCAGCGCCUGGGCACCGACACAGAACGCAUGCAAGCUCUGGCGUCCGCGACAACCUCGUUCUCAAAUUUGGCCGUGCGGACGGCGGACACCUUGUUGUUGGCCACGUCUCCACAAGUCAAUGGCGCUAACGUCCAGAUGCUCUCACUUGCCGCCAUGUUAGCCGCCACCCUGCUGCCUCUGAUCUUGUGAGGACUGGUUUAAAUGAAGGACUUGAGUACAGAAAGCCACUUAUUUAUGUUUGUGAUAUAAUGUACGGUUGAUGUAUGCCCCUCAAUCUUUAUUCGGUCACGUUGGCUAAAGACAAAUGUGCUGUACUGUUGGAACAUCAUUGUGAAAGUAGAAAGCGAGGCAACGACGAGUGCACGAGCUGCACCUCGACGUGCGCCGAGUGUUUUGCAAUUGCGUGUGAGAUGAAAAUGUGACGAAAGAAGCGAGCGCUGAGCACGAUGGACUGGUGUGACGUCAGAGCCACACCCAGCACCUCAGACGACGACAGUCAUCACUUGAACGAUGGCAUUUUUGUGUUGCCGUGAUGUUUUGCUGACCCAAGCCAAUAAAAAAGACCAGACUGAUUA